AGCAGCACAGACAGGCUGAAAGAAACAGGCAGCUUAUAUAACAGCAGCUCUGGGAAAUGCCGAGCAGAGGAGACCUUCACUGGACAGUCAGAGCGGGGAAAACAGCGAUGGAAACGGCCUCGCACCGUGCAGAGAUGCAGCGCACCACAGUCCUCUGCUGAAGCUGGAGCUUUCCCCUGAGGCUCAUCCUGGACUGAGUGACCACAGCCUUGGAUAUUAAACCCUCUCCGUGGUGACACAUCCAUUGUUCCUUUCUGCUGUUGGACUCUGUGCCGAUGAAGAGCAGAGACGCAGUGUCUCCAGCGCUGCCUGAUGCUGCAGGUCUUCUCCAGAUUAUGAAGUUGUAAGUAGGUUACAGAUCUCCUCCUUCCUGAUCCAGGAGAUGGCUUUCCUCUGAGGUGAGACAGGAAGCAGUAUGGCGGCGCCCCUCUGCAGACUGCACUGCCUUCUGAAGCGGGCUCACAUGUUGUUGCUCUGUUUGGGCGUCGCCUACCUGAUGGCGGGCAGCAUCCUGCUCCUUCAGCGCUCCAGCAUCAGAGUUGCCCAGCAGAGCCUCGCCAGUCUGCCGCCACUGCUGUCUCUGGCAGCACCUCCCACCGUCCUCAGGACUGCAGGUCUGGGAGUGAGGGCGCGCUCCAGAUGGGCUGUUCAGCCCGUGUCUGCGGGGGCAGCCAGGGCAGGGAGACACUGGCCCUCUUCCCAAAGCCUCGGGGUCCAACACUUGCAUCGCCGCUGGUUUCACAAUCUGCUGCCAGAGAAUCCAGAGCAGAGAGUCUCUCUCCACAGGAGCAGCAGACAUAAAGGAACCUACAUGGGCUGCUUCCUGCACAACGCCACCGAUCGAGCCCUGGGAGGAACGAUGCUUUAUGACCUGCGCAAAAUGACCAGCUCUCUGUGUCAGGACACCUGCUCAGAAAGUGGGUACCAGUUUGCAGGUUUGGAGUACGGAGCUGAAUGUCACUGCGGGAACCGGAUCAGCAGCCCACGGGCUCCCGAGGAGGAUUGUAGUCUGGUGUGUCGGGGGGAGAGGGGGUCUCCCUGUGGCGGUGUGGGCCGACUCUCCGUCUAUAAAGUGGAGGAGCAGCUGCCUGGGCACAGAAAGUUCAGAAAUGUUCACUAUCGCGGUUGCUUCAAGCUGCCCAAGAACACCCUCACCACCUUCCCCAUCUCCUCGUCUCAGCCCAACCUGACCACUCAGGCCUGCAUUGAGACGUGCACAGACAAGGAGCUCCCGCUGGCUGUGUUCAAGAAGCCCCGCUGUUUCUGUACGUGGACGUCGUCUCUGUUCAGCCUCAACCAGAAGUCGGACGGCCAGCAGUGUGCAGGAAACACCGCCCUGAACUACACCAGCAUGUCCACACCAGCAGCUCCCACUGAGCACGACCACUACCAGGUGUACCACACACCGGUGCUGGACUCCAGGUGCAAAGAGCGAAUGUUUCUGCCUCAGAGAUCCAGCUCCCUCGUGGCUCUAGCUAGUUUUCCUGGUGCGGGGAACACCUGGGUACGGCACCUGAUCGAGCUCGUGACCGGCUACUACACUGGCAGCUUCUACUUCGACGGCACACUGUACAACAGAGGUUUCAAAGGAGAGAAAGAUUACUGGAAGAGCGGCCGCAGCAUCUGUGUGAAGACCCAUGAGAGUGGUCAGAAAGAGAUCGAGAUGUUCGACUCUGCCAUCCUGCUCAUACGUAACCCUUACCGCUCCCUCAUGGCUGAAUUCAACCGCAAGUGUGCCGGACAUUUAGGGCACGCCACAGACGCUCAGUGGAAGAGCAAAGAGUGGCCUGAGUUUGUCUCCAGUUACGCCCCCUGGUGGGCGUCCCACGCUCUCAGCUGGUUGAAGUUUGGACGCCGUCUGCUGGUGGUGCACUACGAGGAGCUUCAGCGAGCUCUCCUCCCUCAGCUCCGCCUCAUCACUGACUUCCUCAACAUCUCCAUGACAGAGGAGAGGCUGCUGUGUGCUCAGACCAACCAGGACGGACAUUUUAAACGCUCAGGGGCCAAGAGGCCCUCGUUCGACCCUUUCACUGCAGACAUGAGGGACGGGAUUGACCCUCUCAUCCGUUCUGUGGACCAGGCGCUGCAGAGCAGGAACUUUAGCAGACUGCCACAGGAAUACUUUCCCAGAUGAUGAUGAUGUGAACAGGUUGUUCCCAUGUCUCUGACUGAGAGAAGUUCUUCAUGGGGAACCGUUACACACUGUCUGACCUGACUCUUUGAUAACGCUCAAUGUGAACGGUCAUGGAAACACUCAGGAGGACACAGGAAAACGCGUGACUCUCAGUGUGAAUCCACUGGUGAAAGUGAGGAAGGCUUCGGGCAGAGUCUUCCCCACUGAGAGCUGUAAACAUGACGGAGACUCAGAGAGGAUUUGACAUGAUUUGUCGGCCUGCAGAGUCGGGAUUAUCCAGCAAAAUGCUGACUGCACAAAUAUAAGUGUGUUAAUCCCCGCUGGACUCAAUCUGGAUGAAGAGCGUUUUCUGACGCUCUUUAUAAUUUCACUUCAGGACAUUUGAUGUGUUUUUAACAUACAGUAUACCCAUGUUAUAAAAGUUAAACUGCAUACUAACACAGAUGACAACCACAGCAACAGCAUUACCGGAUUAAACUGAAUUUGUGAAAAUCUGCUGGAUGCGACAGGUUUGCAAUCAUGUUGGAUUUAAGACUCAAAGCUGCCCCACAAGGCUGGAGGAGUCUUCAGGAUUAUGGUUCAUGACCUCAGAAAUAUGAUCAGUGCU